AUGGCGGCGAACGAAGAUACACCUCUGUUGCGCCGCUUCUCCAUUCCACCGGUCUUUACUCAACCUGGGUGCUACGAACAAAUGUCUGACAAGAUGAAUCUCGAGGAAGAACAUAACACNACCUGCAUUUUCUCAUGUUUUUCUUUCUUACCAGAUACUUUCCCCUUCUCAAGCAUGGCCACAACAAAACAAGAAGAAUCCUCCCACCCAUCAACACCACGGAUGCCCCAAGCAAUAGCCCACCGCGGCUACAAAGCAAAGUACCCCGAAAACACCUUAGCCGCCUUUGCCGGCGCUAUCUCCAUCGGCGCGCACGCCCUAGAAACCGACGUGCACAUAACCAAAGACGGCGUGGUGGUGCUCUCCCACGACAACACCUUGAAUCGAUGUUUCGGGCGUCCAGAAAAGAUAAUCGACUGUGAUUGGAGUUUCAUCGCACCACUACUCACAACCCAAGAGCCGAAGCAACACAUGCCGCGACUCUGCGAUUUACUUUCCUUCNNCCUAGCAGACGAGGCAAGAAAAGACAUCUGGGUACUGCUAGAUAUAAAACUCGACAACAACCCCGAAGACAUAAUCCGGCUCAUCGCCUCCACAAUCACAUCAACACCAAGCCUACCCUCUCAUCCCUGGAAGCAGCGCAUAGUCUUCGGGUGUUGGGCAGCCAAAUACAUCCCGCUUGUAUCUCGCUAUCUACCCGGGUUUGCUUGCACACACAUCGGGUUUUCAAUCUCCUACGCACGCCAAUUUCUAAACUCCCCAAAUGUUAGUUUUAACAUGUUAUUGCCAAUCCUAAUGGCACCAGGCGGAUCCUCCUUCCUCCGCGAUGCAGAACGCGCGAAAAAACCUGUGUUGGCUUGGACGGUCAACGAGGUGGAUAAAAUGAAAUGGUGUAUUGGAAAGAAGUUAGAUGGAGUUAUUACAGACGAUCCAAAGCUGUUUUUGGAUGUGUGUAAAAGUUACGAUGACAGCGAUACAGAAACGCAAGCGUUGAGUUGGAGGACCUGGUUGGAUGUGCUCAGAGUCUGGAUCUUGGCGACGAUUUUCGGGUUUUUGUAUCGUAACAGGUUUGCGGGGAGGACAAAGAGUCAGGUGCAGGUCGUCUGA